UUUGAGGGGUGCGUUGCCCGGAGACGGAAAGUUUCGGAGCCGGAGCAGGCUCUGCAAGGCUCCGGGUUGGGGUCCGAGGGGUGGCGGUCCUGGGGAUGGGGAAGGAGCAGGAGCUGCUGGAGGCCGCCCGCACCGGGCACCUCCCGGCCGUGGAGAAGCUGCUGUCCGGGAAGCGGCUCUCCUCCGGCUUCGGCGGUGGCGGCGGCGGCUCCGGCGGCGGCGGCGGCGGCUCCGGGGGCGGCGGCCUCGGUUCUUCCAGCCACCCGCUCUCCAGUCUGCUGAGCAUGUGGAGAGGGCCGAACGUGAACUGCGUAGAUAGCACUGGCUACACGCCGCUACACCACGCUGCUUUGAAUGGCCACAGGGAUGUGGUCGAAGUUCUUCUGAGGAACGAUGCGCUGACCAAUGUUGCUGACUCGAAAGGCUGCUACCCGCUGCACUUGGCGGCCUGGAAAGGAGACGCCCAGAUAGUCCGUCUGCUCAUCCAGCAAGGGCCCUCGCACACCAGAGUCAACGAACAGAAUGCUCUUGAGAUCAAAGAACUCAAAAAGUACGGCCCCUUUGACCCUUAUAUCAAUGCCAAGAACAAUGACAACGAGACAGCGCUGCACUGCGCAGCCCAGUAUGGCCACACAGAGGUCGUGAAGGCUCUGCUGGAGGAGCUCACAGACCCCACCAUGCGCAACAACAAAUUUGAAACGCCCCUGGACUUGGCGGCGCUAUACGGGCGGCUGGAGGUGGUGAAGCUGCUGCUGGGUGCGCACCCCAAUCUACUGAGCUGCAGCACUCGGAAGCACACGCCCCUGCACUUGGCGGCAAGGAACGGCCACAAGGCCGUGGUGCAGGUCCUGCUGGACGCCGGCAUGGAUAGCAACUACCAGACGGAGAUGGGCAGUGCUUUGCAUGAGGCUGCUUUGUUUGGCAAGACCGAUGUGGUGCAAAUCCUGCUGGCUGCAGGAAUCGAUGUUAACAUCAAGGAUAACCGUGGCCUGACCGCCCUUGACACUGUCCGGGACCUGCCCUCUCAGAAGAGCCAACAGAUAGCCGCCCUGAUUGAAGAUCACAUGACGGGAAAAAGAAGUGUGAAAGAAGUGGACAGGACCUCCACAGCCCAGCUCCCUCUCCUCUCCAGCGCAGACGCCAUAGCACCAAAGCCUCAGGGUGAGGUCCCUGGAAGCCCGAGAACUGUUGGUUCCUGCGCAAAACGGAAAGUUCUCAGUUUCAAUGGCAAUGUGGAGAAGACAGUGACUGAGCUGAUCCUUGAUUUUGACACACAUACUGACGAGGAGGGGCCCUACGAGGCGCUGUACAACGCUGUGUCCUGCCAUUCCUUGGAUAGCACGGCCAGCGGGCGAUCAUCGGACAGAGACUCCAUGAACAAGGAGGCCGAGGCCAUCGGAGCAAGGGCUGCUGGAGUGAGGCCUAGGGAACGUCCGCCGCCUCCAGCAAAGCCGCCACCUGAUGAAGAGGAGGAAGAACGUGUAGAUAAGAAGUAUUUUCCCUUGGCAGCCUUUGAGGGCCUGGCUAUGAGACCCACGAUUCAGAGCAGUGCCCCCCAGGAAGAGGAGGAGCACCCAUAUGAGCUGCUGCUCACGGCAGAAACCAAGAAGCUGGGGACCACAGACGGGAGGACUGAAGACCACAGGCAGAGCGUCGGCGGCCGGAGCCAGGACUCUGUGGAGGGGCAGGACGGGCAGGUCCCCGAGCAGUUCUCAGGUCUCCUCCACGGCUCCUCCCCAGUGUGCGAGGUGGGGCAGGACCCUUUCCAGCUGCUCACCGCCCCCAGCCAGAGCCACCCUGAGUCCUCCCAGCAGGACGCCUGCCACGAGGCCAGCAUGCAGCUAGAGGACCCGGGCGUGCAAGGCACUGGACCCCCGCAGCUCGGCGUCCCCGACCAAAGCAAGAGAGUGGGCUUGCCGGCAGGCCUGACAACCCCGGCCAGCAGGACAUACCUCGACGACACAUUGACUCACGCAGUACCUCUGCACCCUGCUGGUGCUGAGGAAGAAGACCAGAGCGGGCCCAGAAGCAGAGCCCCUCCCACCAGCAAGCCCAAAGCUGAACUCAAACUCAGCCGCAGUUUGUCUAAGUCUGACUCUGACCUCCUGACCUGCUCCCCCACGGAGGACGCCACAAUGGGGAGUCGCAGCGAGUCCUUGUCCAACUGCAGCAUCGGGAAGAAGAGGCUGGAGAAGUCACCGUCCUUCGCCUCAGAGUGGGAUGAGAUUGAGAAAAUCAUGAGCUCCAUUGGGGAAGGGAUUGACUUCUCUCAGGAGCAGCAGAAGUUCUCAGGUUCUCGGACGCUGGAGCAGAGCGUCGGGGAGUGGCUGGAGUCAAUCGGCCUGCAGCAGUAUGAGAGCAAGCUGCUGCUGAACGGCUUUGAUGAUGUCCGCUUCCUGGGGUCUAAUGUGAUGGAAGAGCAGGACCUGAGGGAGAUUGGCAUCAGUGACCCACAGCACCGGCGGAAGCUGCUGCAGGCUGCACGCUCCUUGCCCAAGGUGAAGGCCCUUGGCUAUGACGGGGUCAGCCCCCCCUCAGUGCCCUCCUGGCUGGACUCACUGGGGCUGCAGGACUAUGUCCACUCUUUCUUGUCCAGUGGCUACAGCUCCAUCGACACUGUGAAGAACCUCUGGGAGCUGGAGCUUGUCAACGUCCUGAAGGUUCACCUGCUGGGCCACCGCAAGCGCAUUAUCGCCUCUCUAGCAGACAGGCCCUAUGAGGAGCCACCCCAGAAGCCUCCAAGGUUUUCCCAGCUAAGAUGCCAGGACAUCAUCUCCCAGACAUCAUCCCCGCUGAGUCAGAAUGACUCCUGCACAGGGCGGUCGGCAGACCUGCUGCUGCCCUCAGCAGACACAAGCAGGAGGCGGCACGACAGCCUGCCCGACCCCGGGGCCGCCUCCCGAGCAGACCGCUUCCGAGUCCAGGAGGAGCCCAGCGAGACCAAGCUGACCCUCCGUCCGCCCAGCCUGGCCGCACCCUAUGCUCCUGUGCAGAGCUGGCAGCACCAGCCAGAAAAGCUCAUCUUUGAGUCCUGCGGUUAUGAGGCCAAUUACCUGGGCUCCAUGCUGAUCAGGGAUCUGCGAGGGACAGAGUCCACCCAAGAUGCCUGUGCCAAAAUGCGGAAGUCAACGGAGCACAUGAAGAAGAUCCCCACCAUCAUCCUGUCCAUCACGUACAAAGGUGUCAAGUUCAUCGACGCUUCCAACAAGAAUGUCAUUGCUGAGCACGAGAUCCGGAACAUUUCCUGUGCUGCGCAGGACCCGGAGGACCUGUGUACCUUCGCCUACAUCACCAAGGACCUGCAGACGAGCCACCACUACUGCCACGUUUUCAGCACAGUGGAUGUGAACCUGACCUAUGAGAUCAUCCUGACCCUGGGGCAGGCAUUUGAGGUGGCCUAUCAGCUGGCCCUCCAGGCCCAGAAAUCCAGGACCAUGGCGGCCUCUGCAGCUUCGAUGAUUGAGACAAAAUCCUCCAAACCAGUGCCUAAGCCUCGGGUCGGCAUGAGGAAGUCUGCAGUGCCGGUGCCCCCCGACUCCCGCUGUUGUCACUGUCACACCUGCACCACUCACCGUCCUUCCUACCUACCGCUGCCGUCCGUUAGUCCUGGAGUCAAGCUGGAACCUCCUGAUUCUGACCAAGAGGCCCCAUCCCACGCUAGUGUUUCCUGGAUCGUGGACCCAAAGCCAGACUCGAAGCGGAGCCUCAGCACCAACUGAGCCACUGAGGAACCACCCUGCUCUGCAGAAGUAGCCGUGGGGUGCAGGCUCCCGCCCCAGCCCCGAGAGCCUCAGCUGCAGCUCUGAAGACCAGGCCCAGCCCUGCCAUAGGACCUCCUGUCACCUGCUUGGCCUGGGCCUGCCACCACCUGCAGGACCCUGCCCUGGAGGCAGCGAAGACGCCAGGCAUCUAGCCGAGAUCGCCGGAACGCUGAUGGCCCAAGAAGUGGCCUGUCUGGGACAUGUGUUUUUGAUAAGAAACGUAAUCCUUUUUAUACAUUUUUAACACUUGGCUCGGCCUCUCGGUAAAGCUGCCAAUCUUUAAAUAACACAGGACCUGAGACGGGCCUGAAACCCUCAGCCAGCCUUCACAAUGGGCUCUUGGCCUGGCUAGAGCUCUGAGGACACGCCUGAGGCUUCCUCGUCUACUGAGGUGAUGACACAGAUAUCCCUGGGGUUCCCAGUGGAGAUAAGCAAGUGGUUUAUGGUGCGGGGGGGACUCCUGAGUACUGGUCUGUCCCCGUUAGCACUGCCACAGGUGGCUGUCCCCCUGCUGCUGCUGGGCCUACAGAGCCACAUCAGAAGGGAGAAGUGGCUUUGUUGGGGCGUUAAUGGGAAUGUCAGUUAAGACUGCAGCUUGCCAGCUGGGGACUGGAUCUGCCUCACUCCAAUGCUUUUUGACUGUCGUAGCCUGUGUGGCAGGCUGGGCACAUCUGUUCCAGAUGUGGAAAAGGCUAGUCAGGCAACAGUCUUAUCCCCACCCCACCCCACCCCCCGGUCUUGAGGUCAAGCUGGUGUUGCUUCAGCUCUUCUGCUAGCUUGCUUUGCUUUUUAAAAUGACUUGGGUGGUUAGCCACCUCCUGGGCUUAAGGAGCAGUGAGGGGCAGACUGCUGGGGUCGGGAGACCAACCAGGCCACUCACCAGCUUUUCCAGAGUAGGGAGCGAAAAAGAGAAGCCCUGGGCCAUGGGUACAUGAGUAGGCUUCAGGCUCUCCGGGCAGCACUCAUCCUGGUCCUGGGGGCAGAAGGCUUGAACAGUGGUUAUGAGCUGCAAUCCUGGGCCUGUGCAGGGAGCAUUCCUGGGCACCGCCACCUUGUGGCUGCUCAAAGUGGAAAGCAGGGUUUCCCUCUGCUGGACCUGCAGCCUGUCUGCCUGCUGCAUUCAGCACAGCAGCUGCUGCAUACAACUCUGGGCGGGGCCAGGGCCUCCGCUGCUAGGUACAGGCGGUAGUGCUUCCUCUCCUGCCUCCCGCUCUCUGCCCUGGAAAGCCGCCCUCGGCUCCCAGAGAGACCCUAGGUGCCUGGCUCAGUUGUGCCAAGCCCCUUCCCUCUGCCAGAGGUGAGCUCAGCAGGCUCUGUGGUGGGUGCAAAGCCCAGGGGAACAGUGUAGACACUACGAUGAGUUCAGCUGCACUCUGUUCUAAGGUCACAGGCAGGCACUUCCUCCUCUUGACGCUGCUAGGUCUUAUUUAUUCAGGGUGUUUUCUACCAGAAGGUCUUGGCUUGUCUGCUCUGCGUCUCUUUCAAGAUUGGUUUCUGAAUAGUCAAGAAAUUCCUCUCCUCCGGGUGGUCUCUCCUUUUCAGGACAGGUGCCACGUGGAAGGCCCUGCCUUUGGCGCUGUGUGAACCGUGCCCUGUGUAACCAAGGCUGUGCCUGAACUGUGAAGGAGCCGUUCUGAUGAGUGGUGAGACGUGCCACAGGCUCCCUUGCUUGCCUCUUGGCUGACCUGCCGCCCUGCACAGGAAGGCCACCCUGCUGCCCUGCAGGCCCUGUGUCCCAGCAGGGGAUUUUGGACUCUGAGGUUGCCCACUGGGGGGUUCUGAAAAGCCAUGGGUUUGAGCACUCAGAAUACAUGGCAGCAAUCAUCAAGACGGUUCACAGUUAGCUUGUGAGGUGCCGGGACCCGCGCCACAGGUCACAGUUACUGUCAUGGUGGACAGUGGGACUGGAUUGUAAGAAAAAUGUUAUUUAAUCUUUGUUUCCAUAUUUUGAUACUUGAAUUCCCCCUUUUGUUUUACUGUACAUAAAAUUGUUAAUCUGUCCGAUUUUGUUUGAAUUAUAACAAAUUCUUGUGGUACCAAACAUAACCAACCUGUGCAUCGGCAUAGACCACCUCACUGCACAGUGUGCACACCCUGGGCUUCCGGCUCGGUUUCUCACUUCCGUAGCUGUACAGCUUAGGACUGACUGAGCUAAUAAAGGAGAGCGGUAGGA